AUGGUGCGGACGAAGGUGGACAGCGGCAGGAGCUACCGCAAAGUGCUGGUCUCCCGGGCUCCGCGGAAGGCGCUCCGGGGCUCCAGCGGCGUCAACGCGGGACCGUCGCCGGCUGCCAAGCGAGGUGAGAGGGUCCCCGCAGGCGCCGCUCCGCUCAACCCGGUGUGCGUCCGGCCCGUCCCCGCCUGGCAGAAGGGCAUCAGCGAGUUCCUGCAGCGAGCACGGAGCGAGAGCCGGCAGCCCGACGGGGAGCAGGCGGCGAGCAGCGGGCUGCGGCCGGCCGCCAAGAGCUUCCCGCGGCGGGCGGAGCGGAGCAGGGACAGCGGCGAGGCUGAGCCUCGGUCCCGGCCCCGCUGUCCCCUCCUGCUCCCCUCCCGCGCCCCCCCGGCUCCGCUGCCGCUCCCCUCCGCCGCUCCCCUCCGCCGCAGCCCGGCCGCGGCCCGGCGGCGCCUGGCGUCACUUCCGCCUAGCAACGGAACGCGGUUGCCAGGGUGGGGCCGCGCCCGCGGCGCCCCGGAAGUGGCCGUUGGCGGCGCGGGCGCGCGGCGGCCAUAG